AUGACGGUCAUCGACUUGACCCUGGACUCUGAUUCGGAGGAUCGGAGGAGACUCGCUGUAAGUGUCAUGUCAACCUCCGCAAAUCCGCGAUCCGCUCUGGGUCUUGGCAACCACAGCAACCCUAUCACCCCUACCAGCAAUACUACCAACAACGCCAUCACUAAUGCUAAUGCCCCCAACUCUAAUCAUGUAUUCAUCCCAAAGAUUCAGAAUCCAUCUACCCCAAGCCCAAGCCCGAGUUCUCAGCAGGAGGCAAUCGGUGUCGUUAUUCCUUCUCCCUCGAGGCAGCUGAGAAGGGAAAUUGAGAAAGCAGAUUGGGCUGCACUAUCGACCGAGUAUUAUCCGAUUGAUGCUCAUGAAAAGCGUGCUCUCAAAGGCGCCUACCCUAGCGCACGAAAGGUCAAGCGUUCUGAGAUUCCCUUUAGCAUUGGAACGCCGGGCCCCAUCCUAGCAGAUAGAAUUCCUGAGGGCCUGCUGGCGGACUUUGCUUCAAAUUUCGAGUUCGUCAAUUCCUAUAUCCUCCGCAAAGGUGUCUCACAUAUCCCGGCGGACUUCAUCGCAGGCUGUGAUUGCAAGAAGAUCUGUGAUCCUGCGCGGUGCGGCUGCCUCGAGCAGGAUGAAGAGUCGAAAGAGAUCAUCGUGCCGUAUCAGCGCGCGCAAGACAACGCACGGCUCCUAGUCCUGACCCCGGAGUUUCUCAAACGCACAGAUAUCAUCAUUGAAUGCAGCUCCAAGUGUACCUGCGACGAGCAGAAAUGCUGGAACCGAGUCGUGCAGCAUGGUCGUACGAUCCGUCUGGAGAUUUUUCACACCGGCAAUCGCGGUUUUGGUCUCCGUUCUCCAGACUGGAUUCGCGCGGGCCAAUUCAUCGACUGCUAUCUCGGCGAAGUGAUUACCAAACAAGAAGCCGACGUGCGCGAGGAGGUGGCCACCUCGCAGCACGGCCACUCCUAUCUCUUCGAGCUAGACUUCUUCCACAGCGACGACCAGAUCUACGUCGUGGACGGACAGAAGUUCGGCUCUCCCACGCGUUUCAUGAACCAUUCGUGCAACCCUAACUGUAAGAUGUUCCCUGUCUCUCGGACCUACGGCGACGACCGGCUGUACGACCUGGCCUUCUUCUCUCUGCGCAAUAUCCCACCCAACACCGAGCUGACAUUCGACUACAACCCCAACUGGGAGGAGGGCAAAAAGGUGGACCCCAACGCGGUGCGCUGUCUCUGUGGGGAGAAGAACUGCCGCGGACAGCUCUGGCCGAACCAGCGGAAGGGCACCAAAUGA